AUGUUGAGAUUCCAUUUGGUUUUGGUGGCGGCCGUGGCCCUCACGAGCGUACUCCUGAUGAGCCAAGCACAAGUGGCGGCCAAUGAUCAAAUCGAACAGUUGAAAAAACAAUUCAUGCCGGCCCAGUUCCGAAAUGCCAGUUUAUCAGAAGAGGAUCUGAAGAAAAUCUUCAAGGAGAAGUGUAAAAAGGCUACGGGUGUCGACAACUCCACUCUAUAUCAGGAAGUAGAAAAGGGCAGUGUCCUGUUGGUUGCUUGCCUCUCAGGCCUGGCCAAUCUAACAGCUUUGCAGCAAGAAAUCGAGGAGGCCCGACCAUUAGGAGAACUCGAUACCGUAUUCCAUAAGCAUUGUCAGAAGGCACCGGCAGCCGAAAAAUGUUUCCGUGAAUUCAAUACUGUCAUUCAACCAUGUCUGAGUCCGGAGGAGAAAUCCCAGAAUGCCGUAAUGAUGCGCAUCGUGUCCGGCCUGCUGAACUUUAUGUGUGCCCGCGGUGGCGACCAAAUAGCUCUAUUCGUUGCCGAAGACGGCCCCGAAUGCCUGGAGGCGAACAAGGAGGCCAUCGCCCACUGUGCCAAUAAAUCGUUCGCUGAAUUCACCCCCAAGAACAAAGUAACAGAUCUGUUCAACUUGCCCGACUUCACUUUGGAACCAGAGCACUGUGUGGACCUGGCAAAAUUCGAGGCGUGCACGAUACACCAUUUGGAGCAGUGUCAGGAGAUUACACCCGCCAACGUGGCUGAAUCAGUGUUUAAGUUUGUGAAAAACGAGACGAGCUGCAAGGCUUUCCUAGAAGGCAAAACCAAGCCACGAUCCAUUCUCAAGGAACCCAAAAGUUCUGCCUCUGCAAUGCCGACUAUUACUGGGACCGCUUUUGUGGGACUCCUCUUAUCAACGGUGUACGCCAAGUACUUCAUGCGAGAAUGCAACAACAAAGAGCUGUCUAAAAUUAACCACAUAAAGGCUUUUCUUACUACUGUCGAGGUGACAACGACAAGUGUCGUUGUCGCCAACACCAACCAACUCCAAAAGGAUUUCCACUGUUCUGCCGGAUGCAUCUCGGAGAAAGCGGGCACUGCUAAGUGGUUUGUUGUAACGAACACCUGUGACUCCAUGUGA